UUAAAAAGCUAAAUGUAAACACAAUAAAAGUGACAAUCUUGAGUGCAGUGAAAAAACUAAGCAAAGCAAAGUUACCUAUAAAAAAUGGCCACGGAGACAGAUAACAUACCACAGUGGAAGCUUGAGCUGAUCCAAAGGCGUAAAAACAAGCCAGUGGUGUCGUCCCCAGGUGGCUCGUCAUCGUCAACCUGCUCGAAGGCACCCCAGAGCUCAAAGGUAAGAACCAGUCCGAUAAAUUCCAGUGGAAGUGCAAGUGCAAGUGAAAUUCCCCAGGUUCUAAAAACCGCCACCGGUGGCGUCUCCAGUCAAGAGAAAACCGAGCCGGGAGUCGGGCAAAAGUCAGUUUGUUGCAAAAUGCGGCUAGAACCGGACGCGUAUUUACACCCGGACGGCAGCGACUGCGAAGAACUCGCUUACGGUCCGGGAAUCGUCAACAGACUCCGAAGCAAGUACUUGAACCUCACCAAGGAAAAUUUAACUGGGUCUAAUUUUCGCAGGGCCGCUAGCUUGGAGGACCUCCUGGGGGAUGACACCAGGAAGUUUGUCAAAAAAUCUCCUGCUCCCGGACCUGGACCUGGAAUUUCUCCAGGAGGUGUCGCGCUUAGGACCGAGCGAUUUAGGAACCCCUCCAGGGGAAAUGACUCGAUGAAACGCGCCAGGAGUGUUGAAACUCUGAUGAGAUACGACCUCCAGGACCCGGACAUCAUCCUCGUGGACAACUCUGUUAAAAUAGAAUCCAAGUUGACUCCUGGUGUCCUCAAGCCCAAGAGAUUGAGGCCCGUUUUGGCGGAAACUGAACGACCCCCGCCUGACCUGGUCAAGACCACCAUGAGGAUUUUUGAGUCCACUGUUAAAAAAUUUAAGCCCAGGGGGGAAGUUGCGGUUAAAGUUGCCACCUUCAAGGGGAUCAAUGACAGCAUGAAGGGAAAGAAGGUUGUCAAGGUGGGAAAAGUUCUCGGAAAUUCGGGAAAAGUCCCCGGGAAAGUUGUCCAAGAUGGGGUCGUUGUUGAAAAAAUUGUUAAAGUUUCUCAGGCUGUUAGCAAGUUUCAACAAAUUUCGGGGGAAAUUUCUGGAGAUAAAAAAUUUGAAAAGAAAGUUAAAGGAAAAGUGGGGACUUUUGAGGAAGUUAAACCUGAUGCUGGAAAAGUUUUGGGGGCUUUUGAUGGAGAACCAUUUGAUGGAAGAAAAGUGGGGGAUAUUUUGGGGAAAGUUAGAAUUUUUGAAGAAGAAAAAUUUGAUGGGAAAGUGGUCGGAAAUUUUGAAAAAGUCGUGAAUUUUAUACCAGAAUUAAUUGAUACCGGGAAAUUAGGGGAAAAUUUUCAAGAUAAACUUGAUGGAGAAAAUGUGGAAAAUUUUGGAAAAGUUAUUGAGAAAGUUGAAACUUUUGAAGAAGGAAAUUUAAAUGGUAAAGUUUUAGCAAAAAGUGAUGAGUGGAAAAUUUUAGAGGAAAGUGGAGAGUCGGGAAAGUUGGAAAUUUUGGAAAAUUUUGAAAAGUUACAAAGGUUUGAAAAUUUUGAAAAGUUAAAAAUAGUGGAAAAUUUUGAAGAAAAAAUAAAAAUUGACGUUGUGGAUACUUCGGAAAAAUUUAAAGAAAAUGAAACUUUAGAGGAUUUAGGAGUAAAGAAAAUUUCUAAAAAAUCUCAAGAAGAAAUUUCAAAAGCCGGUGAAAGUGUAAAGUUUGAUUUUAAUGAUAACAAUGAGGUGAAAAAUUAUCUCCCGGGAGUGAAUGGCGGGAGUGAAGAAAAAGAGGUCAAAACAAACGGAAAUGGGCUGGAGAAAAAUUCUUCCAAGGGGAAGGAACCCAAACAAAUUGGGAUCAUCAGGCCGUUGGUGAGCUCUAAAAGUUUGAGCUCGAGGGAGCUGGAGAAAAAUCUUAUCAACAGGGUGAAGAGUAUCGAGAGCGAGCCGACAAAGGUGGUGGUAAGUUUGAAGAACGCCGAGGAGGUCAAAAAUGGCGGGCUCUGGGACAAGCCCUGGAACCAGCAGAACAACACCAUGGUCUUUAAUUUUAGCAAUAGGAAGGAUGUGCCAGAUUAUAUUGAGAAUGAUGGGCUGAUUAUUAGGAGGAAGAGGGAGAAGACUAAGGGGGACGGAAUAAUUGUCCUAGAUGCGACCCUGGACGCCUCGACGACUGACGAUGGGGACUGGGAGCUGUCUGGAGGGCCACCCUCGCCAUGCGAUGUCGCCUUUUUUAAUGAUAAUGUACUAAUUAACGGGAGGAGUAAUUUGUCCAGGUCACCUAGAAAUCACAAGCACCGGAUACAAUUCAACGACGGAGCAACGAAGACAUUCGAGUACCCGAGUGAAGCGUCGAUGUUAGAAGACGAGGGGACAUGUGUGGACGGCGGAACAUCUUCAGAUUCUGCGACCGACAGACCAGAUUCUGGGAAUCUAGAAGACUCUGGAGGAUUGGUUACUACUGUUGUUGAGUCUCAGGCGCAGUUACAGCAGUGUAAUAUUGGAAGUGCUGCUGCUAAUCCUAUUUUGGGUGGCGGUGGCCUGGCCUCCUUCACUCCAACAAAAAUGGACUUUACCGCGGAAACAUUUGAACUCGGAGUGACCCGAACGGUGGCGCCACCUACCGAGGCUCAUCCACCACCAGAGGAGCCACCUCCGGAAGUCGAGGAGCCAAGCCCGGAAUCAGCCGCCUGGGGCGCUGAGGCAACCGCGGACCUCCUCUAUUAACCGCAAAAUUUAAAUUUUCCCCUCCCUUCCCAGUCAAAAAGCUCACUUAUUAUUUAUUCCGCAGGAUAACGGGAUCUUUUCCUAAUUUCCUCUUAUUUAUUCGUUAAAUCAUUCCAUAAGCAUUUAAUAAUAAACCCUUAGAUUAAGCUCAUCGAUCAUUAACUGCCGAGAGUCGAGACUUGCGUUUGUAAAUUAUUUAUCAGCAUAAACUUUUUGAAAAUAUUUUACACGAUAAAUUAUUCCGUUCGAGUGAUCGAUAAUUGUAUAAUCGAUAUUCAUAUUUUAUUGAUAAGGUAUCGUAGAUUUAUAUAAUUAUUCUGCCAAAGUAGAUUAAGAUUUUAUCUACUUAAAAUAAUUAAUGGUAUUUAUUGAAUUUAUUUUU